AUGCCUACGAAUGAGUUGGAUCACGAUCUCAUCGGUUAUGUUCAGGGAGUGAACAACCCGAACACGCCGUGGUGCGAUGAAUAUGAAAAGAUGAUAUCGGGUAUACUACUGGCUCAGAAGUACAACAGCUAUUUCCCGCAUGAUGCAACUCCCGAGCAGUUGUUUGAAGCUCGGCGUGACAUGCUGUCCGAAAUGUUUGGCAAAACUGGACAAGACUGCUUCAUGGAGCCGCCACUACAGAUCGACUAUGGAAUCAACAUUUUCAUUGGGGAUCGCUUCUACAGCACUUUUGGAUACGUCGAGACCAUCGUCCGUGGUGCAAAGACAUUGAUUGAAGUUGCUACAUGCGCUAAUCUUCCAUGA